AUGAUUUCUGGUGAUGUUGCAGAACAAUACAAAAGGGUGUGGGAUUAUGCUGCAACUGUAAGGAAGUGCAAUGAGGGUAGCAAUGCAGUUGUGAAGUGUGAGAGGAUUGAGAGGCCACCUCCUCUGUUCCAGAGAAUGUAUAUAUGUCUUCAACCUUGCAAAGAAGGGUUCAUGGCUGGAUGUAGACCAAUAUUGGGGGUUGAUGGCUGCCAUUUAAGGGGUCCUUAUCCUGAAAUCUUGUUGACUGCAGUGGGGAAGGAUGAUAACAAUAAUAUAUUUCCAGUGGCAUGGUGUAUUGUUGAGGUAGAAAACUCUCAGACAUGGACUUGGUUCUUGGAAUUGCUUGUGAAAGAUCUGGGUAGUGUUGCUGAGGCAGUCACAUUCAUGCAUGAGAGGGAGGAAGCAGUUACUUACAUGAGUGAUAUGCAAAAGGGUUUGUUGGAUGCUUUCAAAGUCGUGUUCCCAAAUGUUGAAACUAGAUACUGUUGUAGGCAUAUUUGGGCUAAUGUUAAGAGGCAAUUUCCUGGUGAGAGAAAAUUCAAUGAAGCAAUGCGAUCCAUCAAGCUGAUCAAUGAUGAUGCUUUCAAGUACAUGAAUGACAUACCUGCUUCAAGCUGGUCCAUACACGCUUUUUCCACCAAAAGCAAGUCAGUAGUGAAGAUGGUUGAGAAGCAGAAAGACUACAUAAGAAAUUGUGAUGUUAAUCAAGCUGAUGUGUGGGAGUUUGAGGUUGACCAUACUGGGGACACCUUUGUGGUAGACUUGGAGAAGAAGAAAUGUGGAUGCUUUAGGUGGGAGUUAAUGGGGAUUCCUUGCUGCCCUGCUUUGGCUUAUAUUGAAAAGAAGAGGCUAAAUUAUGAGGACUACGUUCAUGGGGCCUACCAUGUUAAUGCAUACAGAGCAUAUGCACCUCCGUUCCAUCCUAUGCCUGGACAUGACCAAUGGGAGAAGACAGAGCAACCUGAACCUGCGCCACCAAAGAUCAGAGUGAUGCCUGGGAGGCCAAGUCAAAAAACAAGAAGGAAAGAGGCAGGAGAGGUCAAUGAAAAGAAAAGAAACAAGUGUUCAAACUGUGGACAUGUGGGACACAACAAAAAGAAAUGCAAAAACCCUCCAAAGCCUGAAGCUCCUAAGUCCAAGGGAGGAAGGCCUAAGACUACUGAUCCAAUUGUGUAG